CGAGAAAUUCGUAGUCUUCCUGGGACUUUGCAUCGGAGGCAAACUAACCAGCCAAGUAUUUAUUGACGCUUUCUUCCCUGAUCCUCAGUCAAGUUUUCUCAAUGGUAAUAAAGAGAACACCUCAUCCAUCGAAAGGGCGCCAGAUGGCAGCGUUAAUAAGUCCUCCAUCUUAUGCUGGGUCAUGACAACCCCGAAACGCAAGGGCAGCGCCCUGGCGGUCAAGAACACCUGGGGCAAGCGGUGCGACAAACUCAUCUUCUUCGCGGACAAGUUGGAUGAGGGACUGGAAUCAGUGAAGCUGAGUGAUGUUCAAGAAGAGUGGAAAUACUUGUGGUCAAAGUCGCGGAGGCUCUCAAGUAUUUGUACGAUCACUACCUCGAUGACUUUGACUGGUUCUACAAAGCUGAUGAUGAUACUUACGUCAUCGUGGAAAACUUGAGGUACGUUUUGACCCCCUAUGACCCGGAAUUCCCCAUUGGCUUAGGUGAACGGGCAAUCGUGAAUGGGAACAAAACUAGGAGAUUCUUAGGUGGAGG